AUGGAUCUCGACUUCGACCUUGAGGCCGCUCUUUGGGCCGGCGACUUGGAUCCCGCCAUCAAUCACCAUGAAUCCAACAUGGACCUCGACUACGGGCCCCCAAUGACGAGCAUGCCCGCCGACUUUCUCUUCGCCGAAGAUGAAGGUGUUUUACCGGUUGCAUCAAGCUACAACGCCCAGCUUGAGCAGUCAUCUUAUCCUAUCGAUAUACCGCAACCACCACCUGCGCCCUCUCCUACCCGUACUAUCUUUUCGGCGUCGCGUUCCGAUGCUGGCUCUGACGAUGCAAAGUCGUUGGAGGACGGCUCACCGAAUGGUCUGGCCCGCCAACGGUUGCGCAGGCAAUUGUCGCUUUUAUCCAAGGGCUGGGCCGGAGAUGAGAUUAGGUUCAAGAACUGCGACCCAUCCAAGGCUGUCGUGUUGCACACUCUGGCCAUGGAGCUGGGCCUGGGCUACAACCAUGAUGUGAGGAGCCGCGAGGUCUCAAUGUCGCGCCUCGAGCCAGCCCAAGCCCCUGCGAAGCCCCGGCCUUCCCCGCGCCGUCUAUCCUCUCCGUUUUCCCGGUCGUCCACUGAACUUGACUCCGCACUUUGCUUGCCGGGUUUGCCCGUGGUGCUCGAGCAUCAAACAUUUGAUAUUGCCGCCCACUUUAUCCAAGAGCCCGAUUCCGAAUCCACACAACCGGUCGAACUAGGCAAUGACGACCAACCACUUGUGCGCCGGCCAAGCCGCAGCGAGCGCAUCAGCGACUCGAUUAGCAAGCACGUUUCCACCCUCAAGACAUCCAUCUCAAAAGGCGGCCGUCGAGGGCCCCUUUCUGAAAAUGGUCGUCGCGACAUGCGGGCCCUGGAAGCGGCUGGCGGUGCUUGCUGGAGGUGCAAGGUUCUCCGCCGCAAAUGUGAUCCGGGGAGUCCCUGUCGAUGUUGUCUACAAAGUGUACCGAUGCCCCAUCUCGGCGAAGACGCACCCCUCUGGCCUCUGAUCGGCUGCCGACGUGGACCUCUUCGCGACUCAGCGCCGCCACAACUACUUUGCCCUGAGCCGAAACCGCUGCAACACUGUGACACGUCUUCCCUCGCACGGCGCUGCCGCUCCGUCGACGUCGCCGAACGAUGUCUCCUCUCGGCCGAGAGUCAAAGGCUGGCCGAUAUGAAGACUGUGCUCGAAGGCAGCGAGUAUAAACUGUCGAUCACGGACCCGGCUUUCCAAGCUUCCUUCACCUCAUUCAUUGAGGCCGGGCGGUACCGUGACCGGGGCUCUCUGCAAAGAAGCUAUUCAGCUGGAGGCAGCCAGGUCACGUACACCGAAUUGAUCGCCGUCAUCGCUUGGGAACUUGCAGAGAAUCAGUCCUUGUUGCCGUCGCUCGAGAUCAAGUCCUGGGAAAGCUUUAUGAACAUGCUGGAAACGGCCGGCCUGUACGAGGCAGAGGUUGGAAGGACAUCGCUGGUGAUCCUUUCCAUGGUGUGUCUACGACACUGUCUGGAGGCACUACGACUGCAUUCGGCAAACCUGCUUUCGCCCAGGGGCCACGAGGACUGUGGUGGCGGCCAAUGCCAGGUAGAGUGCAUUCAUAACCUCCGGUCUCGAGUCGCAGCCUACGUCGACGAGUUAUCGUCCGUCAUCUUCAACAAGGAGAACAUGCGCGAUAGGCGGUGGUGGCUGUCGACCUUUUACAGUCUUUACAUCCAAAGCUACGUCCGGCAUGCAUUGAUUACCAUCGAGAAACAGCUCCGUUUUCAAUCAUCCGACGAUGUUCCCGCCGAAGACCUCACAACCACCCAAUAUCUGCAUCUGCCCGCCGUGUUAUUCACGGCCGCAUCCGCCAAAUAUGACCCUCUACUCGAUGGGAGGUUGCAAUACGCCUUGACGGACAAUUCCGUCAUCCCAGAGACCUCAGUCCCGGAGCUGCAUCAUUCUUCUGCCCGCGUGGCCUGUGAGGUGGACAAAUGGCCCGAAGCUGGCAUCAGAACCCCGUACCAAUUUCUGAGGCGGCUGCUCCAGAUCGGCUCCCUCGACUUCUCCGACUCGGCACUUGAGGCAUCGGGCAUGGUAGGACCGGGAUCCCCCUUGGCAUUGGCCUCGCCAUCAUCAGUUCGAGGAAAGGUGGGAUCACCCGUCUCUCCAACUCCCAGUGCUUUCGAGGAGGGAUCGCCCUUCCCUCGUGCUCCCUUCGGCCAGAGCAAGAGGAACUCGUGGGACAGCCGUUAUUCGGCACAGGCCUCGACCAAAUUCUCCAACCUGAGUUCGGACAGCUUGGCGCGGACCAUGUCGACGGACAUGACUAGCUUGUACGAGUCGUCCAUCUUUACUGGCGUUUCCUUCUCGGGCAGCGUGGCCGAUUUGAACGGGGACAUGUGCGUGGAUCUUGCAACCAUCAACCCGACCGCGCUGUUCUCGGCCAACCACAACGGCUCGUCACAGUCACUCGAUCGGGCAAUGGCGGAAAGUGGUGUCCGGCACGACGGGCCGGCAGUCGCCCCGGGCCUGGGCUCCGAGCCCACCUUUGUCUGCAGCUGCUGCCCGCGGGCGCCGCGCCAUUUCCACACAAGCGAAGAGCUCACUAACCACGAAGCCGAGAAGCCGCACCCCUGCCCGCAAUGCAAGAAGCGCUUCAAGUCGCCGACCGAAGCCGAGCGGCACCUCAACGCGCUGCACCUCAAGGCCGACUUCUGGUCGUGCGAGGCGCUCAAGGACCCGCUGCUGGCGUACCGCGCCCAGACCUACGGGGGCGAGACUAGCAACAUUUGUGUCUUGUGCAACGGCGAGAUCAAGCACAAGGACGGCGUGCCGGACCACGACGAGCUGGUCAGGCACGUCGAGACGGUGCACCGCUUCGGCGUGUGCGACCGCAAGAAGAAGUUCUACCGCGCCGAUAACUUUCGGCAGCACCUCAAGGGGACCCAUGUGGCUCUGUGUAGUGGCGUGUGGUUGAAGGAGCUGGAGCGGGCUUGUCGGAGUACGACGGCUCCGCGGAGGGUGGAUUCUACGGUGGUUGAUAAUACGGCUGGGACGUAA